ACGCAGCGCUCGCUCCGGGUUAUUUUUAGUCGGUAGCUGUGCUCCCCCUCCCCGGGGGCGGAGCGGCCCGCGAAGGUGGGGAGGAGAAGAAGCUCCCGGCGCCUCCGCGCUCGCUCCCGCGGGUCACUCACGGCGCGUUGGAGCCCGGGCGGCGCCGGGAACAGCUGCCGCGGCGUCCUCUAGCAGCGCGCGGCUCUCCCGGGACCUGCGCCGGCCGGGGGCGGGGAGAGGCGGGGAGGGGAGGCCGGCGGGCGGGAAGGGGCGGGGAGCGCGCUCCUGCGGCGGCGGCGGCGGCGGCGGCCGUCCUCAUCCCGGCGCUUGAGAGGACGCGGGGCUGCGCAAAUGGCUUGUCCCGCUCUCGGUCUGGAAGCUCUUCAGCCCCUGCAGCCCGAGCCGCCCCCCGAGCCCGCCUUCUCCGAGGCGCAGAAGUGGAUUGAGCAAGUAACUGGCAGAAGUUUUGGUGAUAAAGAUUUUCGGACAGGUUUAGAAAAUGGAAUCCUCCUCUGCGAGUUGCUGAAUGCUAUAAAGCCAGGACUUGUUAAAAAGAUCAAUAGAUUGCCUACCCCCAUUGCAGGACUGGACAAUAUUAUCUUAUUCUUGAGAGGUUGUAAAGAGCUCGGCCUUAAAGAAUCUCAACUUUUUGACCCGAGUGACCUCCAGGAUACAUCCAACAGAGUAACAGUCAAGAGCCUUGAUUAUAGUAGGAAGCUGAAAAAUGUAUUAGUUACCAUUUACUGGCUGGGAAAAGCAGCAAACAGCUGCACAUCCUACAGUGGAACGACACUAAACCUGAAGGAGUUUGAAGGAUUGUUGGCUCAGAUGCGAAAGGAGACUGAUGACAUUGAAAGUCCUAAACGCAGUAUCCGAGACAGUGGCUACAUCGACUGCUGGGAUUCCGAGCGCAGCGACUCGCUCUCUCCUCCUCGCCACGGCAGAGAUGAUUCCUUCGACAGCCUGGAUUCCUUUGGCUCUCGCUCUCGGCAGACGCCUUCACCAGAUGUAGUCCUCAGGGGAAGCAGCGAUGGGAGAGGAAGCGACUCUGAAUCCGACUUGCCUCAUCGGAAGCUGCCGGAUGUGAAGAAGGAUGACAUGUCUGCACGGCGGACUUCCCAUGGUGAGCCGAAAUCAGCAGUGCCUUUUAACCAGUACCUCCCGAACAAAAGCAAUCAGACGGCCUACGUCCCCGCGCCUCUGAGAAAGAAGAAAGCAGAGCGCGAGGAAUACCGCAAGAGCUGGAGUACCGCCACCUCCCCGCUGGGUGGGGAGAGGCCCUUCAGCUUUCCUGAAACGAUAGAGGAAGAGGGGAGUGAAGUGGGGUCUGCUGGUGAAGACAACCCAGUUGGCCAAAUGAAUCCUGGUUGGAAGCCUUCCGAUGGUGGGUGUGAAUUACCUGACGGCAGUGGUAAGGAGCACCCUUCUUCAGAUGGGGCUGUGGUGGCACCAGCUCCCAAGUCUGAAGAAAAAGAUGCAGCUGAGAUCCAAAAGCGCAAAAGGCUAGAGCAAGCUGGAAUCAAGGUCAUGCCAGCAGCACAGCGCUUUGCCAGUCAGAAACAAUUAAGUGAAGAGAAAGAAGCUAUUCGUGAUAUUGUCCUUCGCAAAGGAAACUCUUUCCUGACCCACCAGCAUGGCAACGAUUCAGAGGCAGAAGGUGAAGUUGUGUGUCGACUGCCUGAUCUUGAGAAGGAUGACUUUGCUGCAAGGAGAGCAAGGAUGAACCAAACCAAGCCAAUGGUGCCAUUAAAUCAACUCCUCUAUGGCCCUUAUCCAAAGAAAGGGGCAGAGAAAUCAGAUGGCAGCAAACAGCUCUCAAAGGGAAUCUCAAAAAAAAGAAGUCUAGAAUAUAAAAGAAACCAGGGCCACACAGAAGAGGUGAAGUCAAUAGUGACCUGUAACAUGAGGGCUCAGGAAAGUGAACCUGUGGAAGGAGGACUCAGGAAGGUGCCAGAUCUUCACAAGGAUGACCUGGCACAGCGGAGAAUUCAGGGCAGCCUUGCCCCUCACCGCGAGCCCCCGAGCUUCAUUACACUCUCCAACAUAACAGAAGCUGACUUGGAGACGUGGGAGAGACUCAAAGUGUCAGAAAAGGCGAGGGAUGGAGAUGUUCAGCACAUCUGUGCUUCUGAGCCUUCCCCAGAAAUUAAAGCAGAAACUGCCAUUCGUGAUGACUUUGCCAACCGCAAAGCAAGGGCCUCUAAGAAAUCUUCCAGCCCCAGGCAAAAGUUUGUGCACUUUGGGCCAGUGACGGAGAUAGAUCAGCAGAAAUGGAAGCGGCUUAGCAUUGGCAAGGCUGGGCCUAGAGAGGAUGAAGAAGAAGUCAUCUGUCAUGGCAGCAAGAUUCAAACGGAAUCUGUGUCUCCUGUCUCAGCGGCCACUUCCAGCUUAAAGGGCCACCAAAUAUUUAAUCCACAAAAUGAUUGCAGAACAAUGAAUUCUGGCCGAGGUGACUAUUGCAGAAGGGCCUUGUGGCUGGCUCCUGUGUCGGAGUCUCAAGAAGAGUGGGUCUGCAGUUUGGGCGAGUGCCCGAGGGGGACAGAGGAAGUUACAUCCAAACAGCUGCCACAAGAUGGCAAAGAAGAAACGGAAAGCGCUCCAAGAGAUUCUGAGAGGCUGUCAAAGGCAGAAAGAUCAGAGGACAGCAGCCAGCCACUGGUGUGUCCUCUGGCCUCUGAGUGUGAGGCUUCAGGGACAGAAGAGAAGUUGGAGAAGAUGACAGCUCCUGCCUGGAGUGGCAGUGGACUGAAAGGCCAGCGAAAGUUGGAUGAUUCACGAAAAGAUGACAUGAUGGCCAGGAGAACUGGGAUGUCCCUUAGACACACUGGAUCCAACCCAAACCAGUUCCUUCCAGUUCCAUUUGCAAAGCAACAGGAUGUGGAAGAAUCUUCUAAAGGUCUACCCAUGAAAGAUCAGAGAUACGGUCCGAGAACUCCUGUGUCUGAUGACGCAGAGAGCACCAGCAUGUUUGACAUGCGGUGUGAGGAGGAGGCCGCGGUGCAGCCGCACAGCAGGGCCCGCCAGGAGCAGCUGCAGCUGAUAAAUAACCAGCUGAGGGAAGAGGACGACAAAUGGCAAGAUGACCUGGCUCGUUGGAAGAGUCGUAGAAGAAGUGUUUCUCAGGACUUAAUUAAGAAAGAGGAAGAAAGGAAAAAAAUGGAGAAGUUACUGGCUGGAGAAGAUGGGACAAGUGAACGAAGGAAAAGCAUCAAAACCUACAGAGAAAUUGUUCAAGAAAAAGAGCGGAGAGAGAGAGAGUUGCAUGAAGCAUAUAAGAACGCUCGGUCCCAGGAGGAGGCAGAGGGGAUCCUUCAACAGUACAUUGAGAGGUUCACCAUCAGUGAGGCUGUUCUUGAACGCUUGGAGAUGCCAAAAAUUCUGGAAAGAAGCCAUUCAACAGAGCCAAAUUUAUCCUCCUUCCUGAAUGACCCCAAUCCCAUGAAAUACCUGCGGCAACAGUCACUGCCUCCACCCAAAUUCACUGCCACUGUUGAAACCACCAUUGCUCGUGCCAGUGUUCUGGAUACCAGCAUGUCAGCAGGCAGUGGGUCUCCAAGCAAAACUGUCACUCCCAAAGCAGUGCCUAUGCUGACACCCAAGCCUUACUCCCAGCCCAAAAAUUCUCAAGAUGUUCUGAAGACCUUUAAGGUAGAUGGGAAAGUCAGUGUGAAUGGAGAGACGGUUCAUAGAGAGGAGGAGAAGGAAAGAGAGUGUCCCACGGUGGCACCUGCCCACUCCUUAACCAAAUCCCAGAUGUUUGAAGGUGUGGCCAGAGUGCACGGGUCUCCACUGGAGCUGAAACAAGACAACGGUAGCAUCGAGAUCAACAUAAAGAAGCCAAACUCUGUUCCCCAAGAGCUCGCAGCAACCACUGAGAAAACGGAACCGAAUAGUCAAGAGGACAAGAAUGAUGGUGGAAAACCAAGAAAAGGGAAUAUAGAACUUGCCUCAUCAGAACCACAGCAUUUUACAACAACUGUGACUCGAUGCAGCCCGACCGUGGCCUUUGUGGAAUUUCCCUCCAGCCCCCAGCUGAAGAAUGAUGUGUCGGAAGAAAAAGACCAGAAGAAACCAGAAAAUGAAAUGAGUGGAAAGGUGGAGUUGGUGCUGUCACAAAAGGUGGUAAAGCCAAAAUCUCCAGAACCCGAAGCAACGCUGACGUUUCCAUUUCUGGACAAAAUGCCUGAAGCCAACCAACUACAUUUGCCAAAUCUCAAUUCUCAAGUGGAUUCUCCAAGCAGUGAGAAGUCACCUGUUACGACACCUUUUAAGUUCUGGGCAUGGGACCCAGAAGAGGAGCGCAGACGACAGGAAAAAUGGCAACAGGAACAGGAACGUUUGCUCCAGGAAAGAUACCAGAAGGAGCAGGACAAGCUGAAAGAAGAAUGGGAAAAGGCCCAAAAGGAGGUGGAAGAGGAAGAACGCAGAUAUUAUGAGGAGGAGCGUAAGAUAAUUGAAGACACUGUGGUUCCAUUUACUGUUUCUUCAAGUUCCGCUGACCAGCUGUCUACCUCUUCCUCCAUGACUGAAGGCAGUGGGACAAUGAAUAAGAUAGACCUGGGAAACUGUCAAGAUGAAAAACAAGACAGAAGAUGGAAGAAAUCAUUCCAGGGAGAUGACAGUGACUUAUUGCUGAAGACUAGGGAAAGUGAUCGACUGGAGGAGAAGGGCAGCCUAACUGAAGGGGCCUUGGCUCAUUCUGGGAACCCUGUAUCAAAAGGAGUCCAUGAAGACCAUCAGCUGGAUACCGAGGCUGGGGCCCCACACUGUGGAACAAACCCGCAGCUUGCUCAGGAUCCAUCCCAGAAUCAGCAGACAUCAAAUCCAACGCACAGUUCAGAAGAUGUGAAGCCAAAAACCCUCCCACUGGAUAAAAGCAUUAACCAUCAGAUCGAGUCUCCCAGUGAAAGGCGGAAGAAAAGUCCCCGAGAGCACUUCCAGGCUGGGCCUUUCUCUCCCUGUUCUCCCACCCCUCCCGGUCAGUCACCAAACAGGUCUAUAAGUGGAAAGAAGCUGUGCUCUUCCUGUGGGCUUCCUUUGGGUAAAGGAGCUGCAAUGAUCAUCGAGACCCUCAAUCUCUAUUUUCACAUCCAAUGUUUCAGGUGUGGAAUUUGUAAAGGCCAGCUUGGAGAUGCAGUGAGUGGGACGGAUGUUAGGAUUCGAAAUGGUCUCCUGAACUGUAAUGAUUGCUACAUGCGAUCCAGAAGUGCCGGGCAGCCUACAACAUUGUGACAUGGCUUUCAAGCUUCCGGAUCACUCACCAUUUCUUUAUUGAGAGUGUCCCCUGGCAACUGCUUAACAAAAUCCCAAGCUCAGGGGCUUCUCAGCAUUUACCUAAUUUCUGAAAGGCUCUUCUGAAAGGUGGUAUCUGUUCUUUCGUAGCACAGUGUUUAUGUUUUUCCUGUUUAUUGUUUUGGUUUUUUUUUUUUGCAUUUGCACAGUAUACACAAAAGAAUAUGGGGUUGUAAUGAUCCUGAAUAGCUCAAAAAAGGUUUUAGCAUGGUCAAACAGGCUUAUGGUUUAAAAUGUGUUAUUCUCUUCUUUGGGAAUUAGCUAAAUGAUGCAAUAAACCUGUUUUGUUUUAGAAUGUCUAGGAAUUAAACACUUUAUGUUUACAGAAUUGAGCUGCAGAAAGUGCAAGACAUGCCAAUUUGAGACACACGGUCUUCUAAGACUGAAGGAUAAAUUUAAUGCAUUUCAGAAACUAAACAUCACAGCAAGCUCUAUCUCUGAGCUAUGAUUUGUUUUUAAUGCAAAGACACUAGUUUGAUAAUAUAUACUGUAAUCCUGAAACAUUUGUGUUACUUACCUUUGGAGGUAGAAAUUAUACCAAUAAAUUAUUGCACCGUUAGUAUUAGAUUCUGUGUACCUUGGAAGUUAUGUCAUUAAUAUAGGCUGGUUCAUCAAAUAAAGCAAAACCUUGCAAUAUCAGCUAGAUUUACACUCCGGGACGUUGCCCAAAGGUAGGAAGAAAGCAGAGGGAAAUAUUUCAGUCAUCAUUUCCAAAGUCAUUAUCAAAAUCUGUGAGGAAGUUUAAUCUUCCAAAGAGUCAAUGUCAGACAUCAGGCCUCUGUUGCCUGCUUCUCUCGAGGCACUAGAUUAGGAGUCUUCAAUAAGAGACUUAACAUGAGGCAUAUGGAAGAUGAGGCACCGAGAUAAGUUCAUCAUUAGGUGUGAGCACUGCUCACCCUUGCUGGCAAGUUCUCCUUAAGGGCCUGAAGCACAGGUGUCCAAAGAAAAGCGUUAAGUCCAUCUUAAUAGAAUCCAUGUGGUAUAUGACGUGGUCAGCCCCUGGUCUGUGAUCAGCAAGAACCUACAGCACAGAUUAUGCCCUGCCCACUUCAAUGAAUACCUACUCUCCUCCAUUCUCCAUCACUUUUUUUGCUAUCAAGAACUCUGGACCUUGCCCAUGGAGAAGUUUAGAGAGGAACUCUUGUGGAGAGCUGGUUUAUUUUCUGCCCUGUGCGACGAGUUUCAGCUGGCCAAGAAAGGAGUCAAGUUAUUAAAAAGCAUCACAAUGUAGAUCUCCAGGCUGGUUUUUUGUUUUUUGUUGUUAAGACUGGGGAAAGGGGGACUAUUUAUUCUGCCUUAAAUCAAUGGCAAAUAAGUCAAGAUGACAUUUUGUGAAUGUAGACUAUGGAUACACUCCUAAUAGAUUGAUGUAGUCAUAAAAGGGGGUCAAGUAGAUGUUUUUCUGUUAUGUAAGCAAUAAUUUUUCUGUGUCUUAUUGAGUAUGGCUAGCGAUUAUUUAUUACAUGCUAGAUGGGUUCUUUGCAUGUGGGUUCCAUAUAGGUGCAGAAAUUUCCUCAGCCACUGGAGGGAUUUCGACCAUAUUUGUCAUUUGGAUGAGCUGUCAUUAGAUUGAAAUCUACACAUCAUUUCAUUAAAAAUUGUGCCUUAGAAAACGCAAAGCUGUUGCACAUGGCGAUAAAUUAUGGAUGCAGUACAUUGAAGAGAGAUGAAGUCACUUCCAAGUUUCCAAGACUUCUCAUGGAGGUGUUUGCUGUUUUACAGGAAAAAAUAAAAAUAAAAAAAGAGAAAAAAAAGAAAAAAAAAGAAAAAUUGUUUUGAAAAUGUACAGAUCAAGUCCAAUAUUUUGAUUAUCCACCUGCAUGUUUUAUUAAAUAUUUUGAUAAUGUGGAUGUUUACACUUUGCAUGAUAUUAGCAGAGUACCACUAGUAAUGCACAAACAUGUACAAUAUGGUCAUUCAUAACCGAUUUUUAUAGAAUACUUUUUACAUGUGCAACUCCAUCCGUUAUGUAAGGAUUACAUGAAUAUUGCACAUUCCCUUCUGGUUUCACAAACCCAUUUAUACAUAUUUCUUAGUGAGGCUCAUUGUACAUGUAUUGAAGCUAGAAUCGAGUCAAGAAAAAUAAAGCCCCAUUCUCCAACUGCAAAAUAUGCUUUCCCAUAAUGAACACUAGUCACCAGCACAGAAUAAUCUCCAACAUUUUCUAAAUUCUAAUUGCCAACUGUUUCUAUUUAUAUUUGAUUUAUAUUUCAUUUGGAGUCUGUUACAUGGCAGCUUAGGCAGACUAGAUCUUGUUUUUUCCAAUGCAGCAUAAUGAGUAUGAUCUAUUUCUUUUCAAAUAAUCUUUGAGAUUCCAGGAAAAAAAAUGCUCUGCUCCAUUGAGCUAUAAUGUAAAUGUGUUUGUUUAAAAAACAGAUGAGGCAAGUGAGUGAUUUAUUGUUCCUGAGGAAGUAUAUCUGAUUUUUUUUCUCAUACUCCAAAAGCUAGUCCCUACUCUUUAAUAAAAAUAAUGGGUAACUUUUUGUUUUUCACUAGCGAACUUCCAUGACAUUUCCUUUCUAUGUAGUGUGAUUAAUGCAAUACAUAUUAUAGUUAUCUAUACACAGUGUAAGAUUUAACAAACUGAAAUGAUCCACCUCAUAUGUGAGUCCGUCCAAAAGAUGUUACUGCUCUGGGUGGGCCAGUGUUCUAUAUCGGUUAUACUAACUUUCAUUUAAAGUAUUUAUUCUAAAAUGCCUCUGAGAAACAGUAAAAAAUAAAAACAACAAGUUGUCUAAAAUGCAACAGCUUUUAUAGUAAAUGUACAUUUAUAAAUAAAAUACUCAAAUCAA